UCUCUCCCAGGUUGAGCUUCCUCCACCCUCCUGCAGGUUCAGUCCGUCCUCUCUCCCAGUGUCAGUGCUGCCCUUCCCACCGCCUCCCCCUCCAGUCCACGCAGGUGCGAUCCUCCCCGGGUCCUGCUGCUGAUCUCAGCGGCCCCACCUUCUUCUCCCUGCCGGUCCCACAAGUUUUGACAGUUGGGUGUAUGCUCCGGGGAGAGCCCGCACUGAGCGCACUGAGCCUGGGCUGGACUUUACAGGAUACCGGCAGCACCGGGACCGGGAGAUAAGCUGGGAGAGACUGGUAGCAGUUCCAGCCGGGGAUAGAGCGGUGCCAGGACCUUAACCAGCCGGGGAGAGAGCGGUGCCAGGACCGGGAUAAGCCUGGGAGAGAGUUCUUGCUUUUGUGGCUGUGGCCGGUAAUCGCCAUGUCCCGGGACCCGGAGUCAGUGGCCAGGAUCACCGAGAACACGUAUAAGAAUGUUGUAGAUCAAUUUAAUCCUGGUUUACGGAACCUUGUUAAUUUGGGGAGAAACUAUGAAAAAGCUAUAUCUGCCAUGGUCCUGGCGGGAAAGGCCUACUUUGAUGGGGUGGCCAAGAUAGGAGAAAUGACCACGGUCUCUCCUGUAUCGAAAGAUCUAGGUUUUGUCCUACAAGAUAUAUCCAGUGUUCACAAAAAGUUGAAUGACAGCCUAGAGGAGAAUUUUAGAAAGUUCCACAGAGAAAUAAUAGCAGAAUUGGAAAGGAAAACAGACCAAGACAUUAAAUAUAUGAACGCAACCCUGAAGAGGUAUCAGACAGAACACAGAAAUAAAAUGGAUUCUCUCGAGAAGUCUCAGACAGAACUUAAAAAGCUUAGGAGAAAAAGCCAGGGUGCACGAAAUGUUACGAAAUAUGAACUGAAGGAAAAUGAGUAUUUGGAAACCAUUACAUCCAGACAGAAUGAUAUGCAGAAAUUUAUAGCCGAGGGCUGCAAGGAAGCUCUCCUCGAAGAAAAGCGCCGUUUCUGUUUCCUGGUGGACAAGCAUUGUAGUUUCAGCAGUCAUCUUAAUUUUUACCAUGUACAGGCAGCUGAACUUCUCGCCUCUAAAUUGCCUAAGUGGCAGGAAACCUGCAAUGACAUGUCACAUGUCCCAGACACGGUUAAUAAUAUGAUUCAAGAUAUGAAAACCCCUGGAGGAACACCUCUAUUUGGUACCCCUGAACCUUCUCCGCUCAUGGAUAAAAAAACAUUGAUGGAUGCAGACUAUGAUACAAUCUCUAGGAAUACAAUGAGAAUGCCCCCAGCACCCCAAAACAGAGCACAGCCAAGUCGAUUGGUAGACAUGUUCAACAAUCCAUCAGCAUUGCAAAGAAUGUCAUACGAGGAACCAAAGCCACUUCAUGUAGAGAGAACAGAGGAACCCAGUAUGCCACGAUCCAUGUCUGUUGCAACAGGAUUGAACCAAAUAAAAAAGCGAAAAGUAAGAACAAUCUUUCCACACACUGGAAACUCCAAGACGUUACUCAGCUUUUCCGAGGGAGAUGUCAUUACCCUUCUUAUUCCAGAAGAAAAAGAAGGAUGGCUUUAUGGGGAGCAUGACAAAUCUAAACUAAAAGGUUGGUUCCCAUCAUCUUACACAAGGCCAAUAGAAGAAAAUGGAAUAGAGUCGCCAAAUGUGCAAAGUGCAACUCCAAGCCCUGCCCCUGUUAGGAGUCUUAGCGCAGCCAACUUAGUUGAAAAGGGUGCCGUCGUAUUGCCAGAACCAGAUUAUUUGGAGACAGUCGGCAAUUCCUCAAACCAAGGGACAACUUCCUACACCGUACCACUUGCCAAAGAACCUGCCCCUGUGGCAACUAAUGGAUCCCCUAAACCUGCUGCAAAUGGCUUAAUGAAACAUCCAUUCUUAAGCGGAGAAAAUCCAUUUGCUACUGUAACACUUCGGCCAACUGUGACAAACGAUCGCUCAGCACCAAUCGUUCGCCGAUGAACAGGAGCAGCUCAUUUAAUAUAUAUAUAUAUUUUUUGUAAUUAUUUUAAGUAUCAUAAAGUACUGUUAUUUCUGUGCUUAUGUUAAUUUUUCAAAUAAUUUCAGCUCAAAAUUUACAGCAGGAAUUGGAAAACAUGAUUUAUGUUCUUAGUAAACUAUUUACUGACAAUGACACAAAAUAUUUCUUAGCAGCAAUGUUGUUUAGCAAAAUGUGUAAAAAAAUAAAAAUAAAAAAUAAAAAAAAGUAAUAAUUAAAAUGCAAUUUAAAAAAAGAAAAGAAAUCAGACUGGAAAAAACACAAUAAAAGCCCCACAAAUCUGCUCAUAAUUUUAAGCUUCAUCUGCAGUUUUAUUUCUUCUUAUUUUUAUGUGAAAAAUCCAUCUUUAUAAUAAAGUAGGAUUUUAUUAAGAUCAGUAAAAAUUUAUUUAUUAUUAAGGGGUUAUGUUGGAAAAUAUCUCCCCUUGAGAAAAGUAUUAUGAUAACUUUGGCCUCUGUAAUAAACGUGUCUACAGUGUGCAGGGUAGCACAAGUACAGAGCUCUAGACAGGGCUGGUCCUGUACUAAAUUGCACGCCAAGCACAAUUUCCCUUGGGACUGAUAUAUUUUGACGUGUGACCUGCAUAUUUUGUUUAUUACCAAAUAAUAUAGAUGCAAAGGCGAAAGAAGCCCAUUGGGAUGUUAGAUAAUUGCUUAGAAUGCCCUAUGUACAAAAA